GCAGAGCUUGCUAGGGAGCUGCAGCCUGCAGGCAGAUGCAAGCCCAGGUUUUGGAGCUGCCAUAAGGGCGCAAUCUAGGGGGAAUGCAGAUUUGGAGGCAAGGUCUUUCAUCCAAAACCUUGUCUAGAUUGGAGUAGCAGGCAAGGCGGGGCAAGUCUGAACGCAGAUCUGUCUGCGUCGGUCUGACGCAAGCGCUGACGAUGCUCAUGAACUGGUUGAGAGCAGCAGGACCUCCUCACUUACAUCUACUAGUGUUGCACUGAAAGCAGAGGCCGGCUCAGAUUGUGCGCCUACUUCCUUGAGGGUUGUGAGUAGGCUCAGGGGGCAGCAUGGCACAUCUGCUGGGGUCGCAAAUGUUCCUCAAUGUCAAGAUAAAGCAGAUAGAUGCUGUCGUGCGCAUGCUGAACCUGAAUGCAGCAGUCGGCGCAAGCGGCACCGCCGACGAAGAGGUCUACAAGGUGCUCAUCUUGGACCGCUUCUGCCGUGACAUCAUCUCCCCCCUGCUGCGCGUCAGUGACUUGCGCAAGCACGGCAUCACACUCCAUCUCAUGAUCGACCAGGAACGGCAAAGCAUCCCCGACGCCCCGGCCGUGUAUUUUGUCCAACCAAUCCCCCAGAACAUCCAGCGGAUCGGCCAGGAUCUUGCCAGGGGGGUGUACGACAACGUGCACCUCAACUUCGUCUCUUCCCUCCCCCGCCCCCUGCUGGAAGAGCUCGCGUCGGCGUGCAUCAAAACCGAGUCGCUCCACCGGAUCGCCAAAGUCUACGACCAGUACCUCGAGUUCGUGGCGCUCGAGAGCACCAUGUUCUCCCUCGCGCAGCCGCUCGUAUACCUCCAGCUGAACGACCCCACCGCUCAGGACAAGGACGUGGAAGCCGCAGUCGAGGGCAUUGUGAGUGGGCUCUUCUCCGUGCUGGCAACGCUCGGCGUCGUACCGAUCAUCCGGUGUCCGCAGGGGGGCCCCGCCGAGAUGGUCGCCACGCAGCUAGACGCGCGGUUGCGGGACCACCUCGUCUCGCGCAACAACCUCUUCUCCGAGCCAAGCCAGCUGGCGAGCAGCUUCCAACGACCGCUCCUGUGUCUCUUCGAUCGCAACUUCGAGCUCGGAGUCGCGGUGCAACACGUGUUCACGUACCGGCCGCUCGUGCACGACGUGCUGGGAUUAAAGCUCAACCGGGUGGUGGUCAGCGCAGAACCUGGGGCGGCCGGAGGGGUGCCGUCGCUUGGGCGGAAGCCGCAGAAGUCGUUCGAGUUGGACGAGGGGGAUCCCUUUUGGGUGGCGAACGGGGGAGCGACGUUCCCGAAAGUGGCAGAGGAGGUGGAGGUCCAGCUGGCGAAGUAUAAGAAGGAUAUUGAGGAGGUGAACAAGCGGACGAGCGGGCAGCAGGUCGGGGAGAUUACAGACGAGGACCUGCAGGGCAACACGAAGCACCUGAUGGCGGCGGUCGGGUCUCUCCCGGAGCUGACGGAACGCAAGCGCAACAUCGACAAGCACACCAACAUCGCGACGGCGCUCCUGCACGAGAUCCGGGACCGAGGGAUCGACGGCUUUUACCUAGCGGAGGAAGAGAUGGUGGCUAAGGGGACGGCGGAGCGGGCGGCGCUCCUCGGGGCGAUCAACGGGAAGGGCAGGCCGGAGGACAAAGUCCGGUUGGCGAUCAUGUUCUUGUUGGCGACGGAGCAGACGCCGGCGGCGGAUCUGGAGGCGGUCGAGGCGGCGCUGACCGCACAGGGGGCGGACUUAGCGCCGCUGCAUUACGUGAGGAAGCUGAAGUCGUUGAAUGUACAGCUGGCGUCAGCGCACGCCGGGAGCAAAGGGAAUCUGUUGGACUGGGCGGAUAAGCUGUACGGGCAGAGCAUCAGUGCGGUCACUGCUGGGGUGAAGAACUUGCUGUCGAGCGGACGACAGCUGGCGCUGACGCGAGCGGUGGAAGGGUUGAUGGAGGCCAAGCCGGGGUCCGAAACGGAGCAGUAUUUGUUUCUGGAUCCACGGGGCCCGAAAGGGGGCGGGGCUGACGCGGCCGUGCGGAACCGGGGGCCGUUCAAGGAGGCCAUUGUGUUCAUGGUCGGGGGAGGGAACUACCUUGAGCACCAGGGCUUGCAAGAGCUCGCCAGCAAGUCGCAGCCGCAGAAGAACAUCUUGUACGGAGCCACGGAAAUGCUGACGGCAACGGAGUUCCUCGGCCAGCUCAGUGAACUAGGCAGGAAGAUGACUGCUGGGACAACUGGCGCUGUGAGUCUCGUUUAAAAUGGCCUCGAUCAAGUGGUGCAUUUUUUGCCUGGCGCACUGCACUUCUAUCCGAAAGAUUCCG